AUGGGAUCAUCACCCCCUGAAAACACGAACAGGGCGUCCCACAUUUCAGAGCCAGACAAGAACCAAGUGAAGUCUCUUGAUAAAUCUGAAGCUCUCAUCAGUGACCUGGCCGGACAGCUGAGCAGAGUGUCACAGAAUGGAGAGACUCUGCUGAGUAGCUUAAAAGAAGACAGCUACAGCCUGAAGGAGUGUCGACUCUUCAUACUGCAAUGGGCCAAGGAGCUCAACAACCUGCCCCAGUUCUGUGAGCUGUGUGAUAGCUGGGAGCAGUAUCAGGAGAAGAAAGAGACCCAUCCAGAGGAGGCCGACAGGAGACUGAAGGCGGCCCAGAAACUGCUCUCCUCCUGGGCCACACAGCUCGACACACAGCCCCAGGACUCUGUGCAUCCAUCAGAGGAUGUGAGGGGUGUGUUGGAGGAUCUGGGGAGGCAGUGGAAGAGGGGUCACCUGGCCAACAUGCUGCCUGCCAUGGACUUCAUCAUGUGGAGUGUACUGAAGGAUACAUCAUCACAGGGUGGCAUUCCACAGCUCUGGUUGAGGUCCAAACAAAGAUUCAAGAGUCAAGGAGCUGUGAACUACAUUCCAGACACAGCUGCCCUGAAGCGCAUGCUAAUAGCGUCUCACUGCGAGGACAAUGAGGUCUAUGGUGGAAAAGGAAGAAGACGACGACGCCGGUUCGGUCACUUCAUCUACCCCCUCCCCCGACCCGUUGAACCGGGCAGGGAGGUCCACUACGGGGAGGCAGAGGUGGAGGCGGCUGCGGAGGAACGCAUGGAGGUUUCCCUGGAACCUGACACAGCCCACCCUGACUUCAUCCUCUCCCAUGACAAGAAGCGCGUUCGAGUGAAGAACUUUGAGGAAAGCUUAAAAUGGCCAUUAUGGGAUAAUUCCAGAAGUCUCCAUAAGCAUGCCGGUUGGUGGUGUGUGCAGGGUAGCCAAGGCUUCUGCUCUGGUAGGGCCUACUGGGAGGUGGGGGUGGCUGGGAAGCAGGACUGGAGGGUGGGGGUGGUGAAGGCAUUAGCAGCCAAGAACGGCUUCAUCGACCUGAACACCCGAUCAGGCUACUGGACCCUGCGCUUCCAGAGAGGGGAGCUCCGGGCCUUAUCUGUGCCUGCCAGAGACCUGCCCCUGCCCCAUCCUCUCACCAAACUGGGGGUCUACCUGGAUAUGGAGGAGGGACAGGUGUCCUUCUAUGAUGCUGUGAAGCGCAGACACAUCUACACCUUCAACGAGACCUUCACUGAGAAGAUGUAUCCUGUGUUUGGCACCGUAGAGACAGACUCAGAGCUGGUGAUACUGUAA